AAGGCAACGCUUGUCAUACGGAAGCCGCGUUGGUGUUUACAGAUGACGUUUGAGCUGUAGCCGCUAUGGGAUGUAGCUGACAGGAGAAACGCUGAAUUCAAGAACUAGUGGAUGGACAGAAGCUGGAAUCAAUGAAAAGAUGCUGGAGUCCUACGUCACGCCGCUCUUGAUGAGCUAUGUGAACAAGUACAUAAAGAACCUGAAGCCAUCUGACCUACAGCUAUCUCUAUGGGGAGGGGACGUGGUGCUCAGCAAGCUGGACCUGAAGCUGGAUGUGCUGGAGCAGGAGUUGAAGUUACCAUUUACGUUCAUGAGUGGCCAUAUCCAUGAGCUACGGAUCCAUGUACCCUGGACCAAGCUGGGCUCUGAGCCUGUUGUCAUCACCAUCAACACCAUGGAGUGCAUCCUCAAGUUAAAAGAUGGAGCACAGGAUGACCAUGACAGCUGCUCCAGCUCCACCAGUCGCAGUGUCUCUGAUGGCUCCAAGUCCACAACAAAACCUCGCCGUCUCCAACAAGCAGCUCCCAGCGACCCAGACCUACCACCAGGUUAUGUGCAGAGUCUAAUCAGACGCGUGGUGAACAACGUGAACAUCGUGGUGAACAACCUGAUUCUCAAAUAUGUUGAAGACGACAUUGUGCUUUCGGUCAACAUUACUGCAGCAGAGUGCUACACUGUGGAUGACAUCUGGGAGAGGGCUUUCAUGGACAUAACUGCUCCAGAACUGGUCCUGAGAAAAGUGAUAAACUUUGCUGACUGCACUGUGUGCUUGGACAAAAGGAAUGCUAGCGGCAAGAUCGAGUUUUACCAGGACCCCUUGUUAUACAAAUGCUCCUUCAGAACGCGCCUCCAUUUCACUUAUGACAACAUCAACUCCAAGAUCCCCUCUGUCAUCAAAAUUCAUACAAUGGUGGAGAGCUUGAAAUUAUCCAUCACUGACCAGCAGCUGCCCAUGUUUAUCCGAAUCUUAGAGCUGAUUAUUGCUCUUUACUAUGGAGAAAUAGGAGGACACAAAGAAAGUGAGGGAGAAGAAGGCACGGGUCAUGUAAGGGAAGGCGGAGCAAGUUCACCUGGUACCGAUGUUGAAAUGGAAAGUUUGGGAUCUAGUCCGUAUUCCAGCCAGGACCUCUACACGGAGAGUGGGAGUCCUGAAGAUCCAGAUCAGGGUUGGAUGUCCUGGGCUUGGUCCUUCGUCCCAGCCAUUGUAGGCGCAGAGGAAGAAGGGGAGGGAGGCCUCUACAUGCAGGGGGACACAGAAGGCAUUUCCAACUACCCUCAGCAGCACACAUUGAAGGACCCUAUUGUCUCUAUUGGCUUCUACUGCACUAAAGCUUCCAUCACCUUUAAGCUGACAGAUACACAGUCAGAGAGCAGCUACUACAGUCCGCAGAAAGUCAAGUCCAGAGAGGUUCUGUGUAUGGAGCAAGAGGGAAUCACUAUUGAGGUACUCAUGAUGGGGGAACCCUUCUUCAACUGUCAGAUUGGCUUUGUCGGCUGUCGGGCACUGUGCCUGAAAGGCAUCAUGGGAGUUCGAGACUUUGAAGAAAAUCUGAACAGGCGUGAAGAGGAUGCAGUGUUCUUCAACUGUGGGGACAACCUAAAAAGUAAAGGGAUGACUUACCUUACCAACUCUCUGUUUGACUACCGCAGUCCAGAGAAUAAUGGAGUAAAAGCCGAGUUCAUCCUAGACUCUGCUAAUCACAAGGAGAGCUACACAGAGAUAGCAGGCAUGCAGCGCUUUGGGGCUUUCUAUAUGGAUUAUCUCUACACAAUGGAGAACAGCAGCUCCAAAGGUUCGCAGGACAUUUCUGGGCUACAUCCAGAGGAGUUGGUACCUGCAGUUCAAGAGACCUCCAUGAAGAGGCUGGUGGUCGGACCUCUUGACAUCCGGCUGCACAGUAGUGCAGCCCACCGUAUCCUCAAGAUGAUCACCUGUGCCAUGGAUCACGAAUAUGAGCCUUAUUGCAAACCACAGCAAGAAGCUAUUGAGGCGAGCCAUGGUCCAGUUAGUCCAGAGGAGAUCUCCCGUCUAGAGGAGUUCAUCCCGACCAGACUCACUUCUGUCACGCUGCUCCAAGUCUCCGUUACCGUCUCCAUGGCAGAGUUCAACCUUCUUCACACACUUAUUCCUGUCAUCUUGGGAUAUAAGGCUACACCAAGACCAGUCUCUGUGCCAGUGGUUCAGCCAGUGCACCCCCUACCGUCCAUGCAGUUUCAGGUUGAAAGGGUGAAUUUUGACCACUCUGUUCCAAUGUAUGGUCCAGAGCUGGUCAGUACUGUCAGUAGCCUUAGCCAGCCCCCAGACAACCUGCUCCACCACUGCUACUCACAUCUCUACCUCAAGGUUUUUGGGUUUCAGGCAGGCUUAACAUGCCAGGACCGCAUGGGAAGCUUCCUGCCUCUCAUCUCCAUCAUCCCUUCUUUCAGCACAGCAAUCUAUGGAAAGCUCAUACAGUUGCCUGCUUAUUGGAGCAAAAGGUCAUCAGUCCCCACCUCAGAGUGCAUUUUUGAGCUUCCGCAUUUUGCUGUACAGGCCACAAGGCCUCAGACACUUUUGCUUCAAGCAAUCUGUCAGAGCUGGACCCACAGUAUGGUGAAUGGAUCCUCAGUGCCAAUCAGUGAAAGUCUGCUUAAUGAGGUGUUCAAAGCUCCAGGUGUGAAAUAUCCAGGCCCGUCACCGACUCUCGAGGGCUUGAUCCAAAAUCUGGAGCUGAAGUUCUGCAGCCGUGCGAUGGUGAAAUGUGCCUCAGGAACUGUGGGAGCUGUAAAAGUGUGCGCCAGGACCCCAGGUUCAGAGGAGGGCAAAAAGGAAAAGCUGGUUCCACUUAUUCAGGGCCCUUCUGACACCAAAGAGCUCCACAUGAGUCGCUGGCUUAAUGAGAUUCGCAAGCCCGAAUCUUUAUUGGCGCCGGACCUGCUGGCAUUUUCUGUACAAGUGCCUCAGCAAGGAGAUGAUUGCAGGAACUCAGGUGCAGUCCUACUGGUCAGUGUCCAGGGCAUAGCUGUAAAUGUGGACCCAAUCAUCUGCACAUGGUUACUGUAUCAGCCUCACAGAGGGAGCAGCAGGAAACAGCAACAGAAUCCAGGUCCAGUUCCUCUCGUCAAGAGGAGAGAAGACGAAGUGUCGGUGGGGAGUGCACCACUGGCCAAGCAGCCCUCCAAUCCGGCCUCAGACUAUGCUAGCAGCCCCAUGAAGACCAAAACAGUGACAGAAUCACGUCCCAUGUCCAUCCCAAUGAAGGUGAUACCAGAGACUGCAGCCGAGGAGUCCUGGACGACGUCUGAGGAGCGAAUGAAGGAACUCUUCAGUCAUGCCUGGGAUGCUGUAAAGCGACUUACUCUCCAGCUGGAUCUCCAGUCAUGCUGUGUGUUCCUGCCUAAUGACAGCCUCCCUUCUCCCAGCACCAUCAUCUGUGGAGACAUACCUGGUACCGUCCGCAGCUGGUACCACAACCAGGCCUCUAUGCCCGGAACUCUGGUCGUCUGCCUGCCCCAAAUAAGCGUCCUCAGUGCUGGGCACAAGUACAUGGAGCCCCUGCAGGAGCUCCCCUUCGUGGUCUCAAAGCCCAUUUUAGAGGAAGGUGAUGCCUUCCCAUGGACCAUAAGCCUGGGUCAGUUCAGUGUUUACACAUUGUUGGGAAAGCAGCAGAGUCUUAGCCUGUUGGAGCCCAUGGGAUGCACCUCCACACUGGCUGUCACAUCUAAACUGCAGGGCAGCUCGGAGGAGCGGCCCUCCUUUGUGGUCUGUCUCCAUGUUGACCUGCAGCCCGUCCAUGUCAAGAGCUCUAACUCUCAGGUGCAGCUUUUAUAUGAGAUCUUCCUCAGCUGGAGCUGUACAUGGGCACGUCUGCAGAAGCACGGUAUUCUGCGUCAGACGUCCAGCAUCCCAGACCCCCCUGCCGGCGCUGCUCCGUCCUCCCCAGUGCGCAGCAGUGCAGGCACGGCUCUCCCCGACACCAGCACCUGCAGCCCCUCUGCAGACUUUGGCUCCCCCACUGAGGGUGACUCGGUGCCUGCUGGAGAUGAUGGUCCAUUCGCAGACACAGUGACUCUGGAGCAAAAAACCAGCAGCAUUGAGGGAACAAGUGGGAAGGUCAGCCUUUGGAUGCAGUGGAUGUUACCUAAAGUCACAAUUCAACUCUUUGCUGCUGAUCCGACUGCAAGAAAGACAGAAAUCUGUGUCCUCAGUGAAUUAGAAGACCUGAGUGCGUCUGUAGAUAUCCAGGAUGUCUACACAAAGAUCAAAUGUAAAGUUGGCAGCUUCAACAUUGAUCACUACCGAUGCAGGCCAGGGCAAUAUGGCUUACAGUCUGGGCAAUAUGAAGGAAUCAUUCUACAUUGCAAGGAGAGCGCUGUGAUGGCAGCUAAAAUCCUGGAAGGUUCUCAUCAGCAGCAUGGUUUCCUUUCGAUUACCUACACCCAAGCUGUGACCAAAAACGUCCGGCACAAGCUGACCUCCCGCCUGGAGCGGCCGUCGCGCAGCAGCAUGACCACUCCGAGCCAGAGGACGGCCAGCGACCCGCUGGCAGACAGCUCGCCUCAGUACCUGAGGGAGAUCCUGCUGACGGCACAACCCUUUGAUGUGGUGUUAUUUUGUCCCUUGCUGGCUACUGUAGCAGGGGUAUUUCAGACUACAGUUCCCAGGCGCUACAGAGAGCGAGGGAAGUCUGCAGGUCAGCCAAUGCGGAGCCACACAUUGACGUCCAGGUGUUUGCCUCUCAUUUACAUCAACACCAGUGUGAUCCGAGUCUUCUGCCAUGGCACGCAAGACAGAAACGCAGCUUCAGAGUCCAGUGAGAAGAAGGAAGACACCCUCGUGUUAAAGCUGGGUUCCCUCAGCAUGGCUCCACAGGCUGACAACCCGCUGACCCGCACUGUGCUGCGAAAAGAUAUCUAUCAGCGUGCACUGAACCUGGGCAUUCUGCGUGACCCAGGUUCAGAGGUGGAGGACCGACAGUAUCAGAUUGAUCUCCAGUCUAUCAACAUUGGUACUGCUCUGUGGGAGCAGCUCAAGCCGGAGAAGGAGGGAGCUAAAGGAGGGGCGUCGGCAGAAAGUGAGAGGAGCUCUCAGAACCCAGCCCUGGAGUGGAACAUGGCGAGCAGCAUCAGACGCCAGCAGGAGCGGAGAGCGAUACUGACGCCAAUCUUGACGGACUUCUCUGUCCGGGUCACUGCUGCUCCUGCCAUCAUCUUCAGCAAAAAUCUCUCUCUGGAUGGUGGACAGACAGAGGAAGUGGUGGUGUGUGGCCACUCUCUGGAGGUGAAUGUGACCAGCAAUCUGGAUUUCUACCUCAGCGUUGCCCAGGUGCAGCUCCUUCAGCAGCUCCUCAGAGACAACCUGGUGGGCUCGAAUGCUUCAGAGAAAGGUUCUGAGGUAAGGAGACAAGAGCAAAAGGGAGUCCAUCCAGAUCCUUUAGGCAGUGGGGACUCUUCAUCACGCCACAGUGGGACGGGACAGGACAGUGGCUUUGGCAGUGACAGUACCCGCAUUCGCAUCGUCCAAAUAGAGCAGCAAAGUGGGACCAGCCAUCACUGCAUUGCGAGGCCUUCUCGCAAGUCCACCAUCACUAAGAACCUCACUUUCAUCCCUUUUGACAUCUUUCUCACUGCCAGUAAGCUAUCCGUUAUGACCUACGCUUGUUCGAGUACCCCAAAGGCUCUCACUACAUUGGUUGAUACACCAAGCACACCAGAGAAGAAGGAACCUGAGGAUAAGGUGGGAAAGAGCAUCCUUAAUCAUCCUGAGAUCAUAUCGGACUCCCCACCGGUCUCGCCUUCACCAACCCCUGAUCAAACCCCAGCUGCCCAGGGUUCACUGGCUGGGCUGACUGCAGAUGACAUCCUGAACAGCAACACCUCUCAGCCACCUUCUCCACUCAUAAAAGGAAGCUUGCUCUCACUUGACGGUCUACCCACUCCAACCCGUUCCUCGGCUCGCCAAGCCCUGGGUGUUACCAUAGUGAGGCAGCCAGGGAGACGAGGGACAGGGGAUCAGGUGUUGGAACCCCUGUUGUACGUGCAGCUUAUGCAGCCUUCUGUUCUGCUUAGCUGCCACCAUCGAAAGCAAAAGAUGGAGCUGUCUGUUUUUGACGUGGCGUUGAGAGGAGUACCUUCUGACUACAAGUGCCAAGAUCCAGGAAAAACUCUCCCAGAGACCCUGGACUACAACGUCUGCUGGGUGCAGACGGUGUCUGCAGAGGUUGACAGUAAAACAGGUGUGCCUCCUCCUCUGCUCUGCUUUCAGAUCAAAGAUUUCCUCAACGGACCAGCGGAGCUAAACGUGGAGCUGUGUCGUCCCCUGAAAAUCAGUCCCACUCUGAUGAAAAUGGAGCAGGCCAAAGCCUACCUGCAGAAGGUCCUGCCAAACUACACAUGGGAAAGCUCCAGCAAAACACCGUCUGCCUUCUCCACUCCUCACUCGUCUCCAAAAAAGUCAGAACAGCGAGCCUUUCCCCCCCGAUUAGAUCCACACCACGAAGCAUCAGCCCUGGGUAGAGCUAGCCCGGCCACAUCUCUGACCUUCCACAAAGUCUCACUGCACACAGCACAAAUUGUCGUAGUCAUGGAGACAGAGGCCUGUCCAAUGAAGCCCAGCGUUACGGUAUCUGUGUCGGCUAUGACGUCGUGUCUCACGAUGAAGACAGGGCCUCGGAUAGACGACCCAGUCGAGUCUGCGUCUGUGCUGUUGACGGUGAAAGACGCGCUGGUGAAAACGGGACUGCGGGACCGGGGCCAUGUGUUCCUGGGGCCGUUUUCCUGCAGCAGCUCCCUGGAAGCUCGGUGGUGCCGGCACAGCGGCAGCCCUGGACCAGAGCCCGGCCCCCCUAAGCUGCUUCUGGACCUGAAGGGAGGUCUCCUGCAGGUCUUUUGGGGUCAGGAACAUUUGAACUGCCUGAUGCUGGUUGAAGAGCAUCUUCGUAACUACCUCCAUCUUCAUAAAGAGGAUUCUAACAAUAGCUGGUCUAAGGGAAAGGCCUGUCACACCCAGCCUCCCCCCUCUCCCGUCGCUCCCUCCCCCAGGACAGAGCAUAGCUCAGAUGACCUGCGCACUGGAAACUUUCAGUACAUUCAAGACUCAGGAUCCCAGAAGCUGCCGGGACCCCAUGAGGUCGUGUUCUACAGCGAGACCGAAGACAGCCCCGGGGUGAUGCUGUGGCGGUACCCCGAGCCGCGCGUCCUCACCUUUGUCAGGAUCACGCCUGUCCCCUUCAACACCACCGAGGACCCUGAAAUAAGCACGGCUGACCUGGGUGACGUCCUACAGGUACCAUGCAGUCUGGAGUACUGGGACGAGCUCCAGCAAGCCUUUGUCCCUUACAGGGAGUUCAGCCUGUCAGAAAGCUGUUCCUGCCAGCUGCAGCUGCCCAGCCUCAGCCUCACUGAUCAGCAGAAGGAGCUGGUGGCCUCAGACCUCUGGAGGAUCGUGCUCAACCACAACGGAGAAGGCGGAGAUGAGCAGAGUUCGGACAGUGAGUGUGGCUCCCAGCUCCCGUGUGAUCAGCUGGUGUCCCCACUUGCGUUGGCAGCCUGCACCCGUGUGGACUCCUGUUUCGCUCCCUGGUUCGUCCCGUCGCUGGGCGUGUCCUUGCAGCUAGCGCAGCUGGAAGUUCACCUCUGCCACCACCUGGAGCAGCUGGGAACAGUUGCAUCAAGGAAACUUCAUCCCUUCCUGCCAGACAGGAAGUUACCUCAAGAACAGGAGUUCAUGGUGAUUGGUUCUCGGGAGCCCCAGGUGUUCAUGCGCCAGUGGAGCAACGGACCUCGUCACUGUCAGGAGAUGAGCUUUUCUACACGGCUGGACUGCAGACUGCUGGAGUAUCGAAACCUAACCCACCUGCAACUGCUCCAGUCCUGUGCACUGCAGGGACAGGCCACUGCCAUCAGCUGCCCCCAGAACAGCUCUUUAACUGUCAAUGUGUUUGUGGAUCCCAUGUUCCUCAACAUUAGCCAGUAUGCCAUCCAUACUGUGGACACUGCACUGCUCAGCUGGCAACAGAAUGGGAACCAAGACGCAGAGGAGCUGCUGUACAGUCACUACGUGAUCUGCAAUGACACAAAUGAGACGCUGCGCUUUGGUCAGGUGGACACGGAUGAGAACGUUCUGCUGGCCAGCCUCCACAGCCACCAGUACAGCUGGAGGUCCCACAAGUCUCCUCAGCUGUUGCACAUCUGCAUCGAGGGCUGGGGGAACUGGCGCUGGUCCGAGCCGUUCAGCGUGGACAACGUCGGGACGCUGCUCCGGACCAUUCAGUACAAAGGACGCACCGCCUCCCUCAUCAUCAAGGUGCUGCAGCUCAAUGGCGUCCAGAAGCAGAUAAUAAUCUGCGGACGGCAGGUGAUGUGCAGCUACCUGACGCAGGACAUCGAGCUGCGAGUCGUUCAGCACUAUGUGGGAGCCGACAGUCAGACGGUGGUCAGGGAGCAUUGUGACUGCCUGGAAGCAGGGGCCAAACUUCCCUCCUACGUGCUGGAAGACGCAGAGAUGACCGAGCUCUGCAUGAGAGCACGCGGAGACGAAGACUGGUCGCAGGACGUAGAGCUGGAGCGGAGGGAGAAGGGCAGCAGCAGCAGCUCUGUUGUUCAGGUGGCCUGUUCCAGCGGCUCGUUGCUUUACGUCUGGUGUACUCUGAUUACCGUUGAGCCGGACUCACACAUGCAGCAGAGACUGGUGAUUUUCAGUCCACUUUUUGUCAUGAGGAGCCAUUUGCCAGAGCCACUAGUUGUCCACAUAGAGAAAAGGAGUCUAGGGCUGAAAGAAACUCAGCUAAUUCCUGGACAAGGCCACCAGGAACCUCUUUUAAACACCGAGGCAGAACUUACCCACCACCUGAUUUUCCAGGCCAGGGAGGAUAAGGAUGCGUCACACUGUGCCGUACCCAUCUCCACCGGUCUAAUCAAACAGAUAAUGAACAAGACAGGGAAUGAAGACAACCCGGAACACAUCCUGGCUGAUUUCUACGGCCCCAAGACCACCACAGAGUCACCAUGGCCUUAUGUCACCAAGGACACUGACAGGUCUGCGCUGGAGCCGCUUGCCCAGUGGGACAGUCCGAUGCAGGUGAAGCUGUCCCAGUGGAAACCUGGACUGAACACACUGCUGGUGGAACUGCUCCCCUGGGCUCUUAUGGUCAAUGACUCUCAGUGGGACCUGUGGCUUUUUGAGGGAGAGACCAUUGUACUGCAGAUACCAGCCGGCAAAGUCAUUGUACCCCCAAAUUUCAAGGAAGCUUUUCAGAUUGGCAUCUACUGGGCCCACACCAACACAGUGCACAAGUCCACGGCACUGAAGCUGGUUCACGAUCUGACCUCUCCUCGAUGGAAGGAGGGGACGAGCUCUGUGGUGGUCACCCUGGACGAGGAGGGAUACGUUGAAGUUGACAUCUCUCUGGGAGCCUUUCCUGGGAAACAGAAGGUGUGUCAGUUCUGUGUGUCCUCUGUAGUGAGGCACGGAGUCCAGAUCCUGCAGAUAGAGGAUAGAACCAUCCUGGUCAACAACACUCCUUACAGCAUCCACUACAGACCUCUGCUGACCAACCACGCCUUAGGAGGAGGUGAACAGUUCUGUGAGGUACCAGAGAGCACCGUGUUCACCAUUCCUCCCUCAGACUCUCUGGCCAAGCCGUGCUCCGUGCCGUGCUGGGACCUCCUUCAGCCCGCUGUCCAGGGGUCGGUGGAGUUCCCUUUGCCUCUCAGACACAUGCUGUUCAGCCUGGUCUCAAAGCCUGACGCUGGAGCCGCAGACGCAGCGUGGAGCCUCCCUGCUCCGGUGAGACCAGACCUCCCCAGGCAGAGCCUGUCCAUACCUGUGGAUCAGGACUGUGGGCGUGGCCUGUGCAGCAGAGCCAUAGUGCUGGCAUAUCAGGAACAUCUUGGAGUGACAUACAUCACGUUAAACGAGGACCCCUGUCCACGCAUGCUAGUUGAAAACAGGUGUCCUGUUCCACUGCUGCUUAAAGAGAACGUCAAAGAGACACCGAGGAGCGAGGUGUUCUGUCGCCCGCUGCCUGCUGACUCUUCCCUCCACCAUGAGCUCUAUCACCACUUCUCCAGCUUCCCAGAGUGCAGACAGAGAGAGCUGCUGCCCACCCUGCAGCUGAAGACCAGGUCAGAUAAAAGCGCCACCGACUGGACAGACCCCAUCGACAUCAACUGCCCCGGCACUCAGGUGGUGUUCCUGCCAGGCUUUGGCUGUCUGUACGUACAUGUGGCGUAUGAGAGAGGCACCUUGGUUCUGUCUCUGGCCCCAGAAGGCGGCGUGGAGGCCGUCAUCAACCAGCACAACAAAUCCUCCAAACUGUCUGUGAGGAUCCUCCUGAGUGAGGCCAGCGUCGUGAUAAGUGAUGACAUCACCAACCCCAGCGGCUCCAUGGAGCUGCUGAGGCUCACGCUGACCAAGCUGCUGCUCAGCCUCGGUCCGGCACCCGCGUCUUUACCCCCCGAGCUGGCCGAAGACUCCACCAUGGCUUCCUGCUCCCUCUCCGUUCUGAUGGCUGACGCGUCUCUGAUCGAGGUCUACUGCUACGGCCUGCAAGUCGACAACCAGCUGUACAACCGGACAAGUUUCCACUUCCCUGUCCUGCUGUGCCAAGAUCAGAGAGGGCCGUCUGAAACCGGGGGUGCAUGGAGCAUCGACGUCAAUCCCGGCAAUUCCCCCGAAGGGUUAGAGGAGUUCAAACGCUCCUGCUUCCUCCAGCUGAGGAUGACAUUGACUGGGGACCGGCGCACUGUGGAGGAGGUCAAUUUCCAGCUCCAGCCUGCCAGAGUUUACAUCGAGGACACUUUUGUUUACUACAUCAAGACGCUGUUCGACACGUACAUCCCCAGCAGGCCAGCGGAGGCCAAGAGGGGCAGAGAGCCUGGAGCUCUGAUCGUACCUGAGCAGAUGCUGCAGUCGGUGCAGGCGUUGGUUCACCCUGUGAGGCUGCAGAGACUCUCCAUCCAGCCAGUCCACCUGCUGGUCAGCAUCCACGCCUCCCUGAAGCUCUACAUCGCCUCAGACCACACGCCCCUGUCCUUCUCCGUGUUUGAAAGGGGGCCGGUGUUCACCACAGCCAGGCAGCUGGUUCACGCUUUAGCCAUGCACUACGCUGCUGGAGCGCUCUUCAGAGCUGGUUGGGUCGUGGGGUCCCUGGAGAUCCUCGGCAGUCCCGCCAGCCUGGUGCUCAGCAUCGGCAACGGCGUUUCCGACUUCUUCCGCCUCCCCUACGAGGGCCUGACCCGGGGGCCCGGGGCAUUUGUCAGCGGGGUCUCCAGAGGGACCACGUCGUUUGUUAAGCACAUCUCAAAAGGCACCUUGACAUCCAUCACUAACCUGGCCACCAGUCUGGCGCGGAACAUGGACCGCCUGUCCCUGGAUGAAGAGCACUACACCCGGCAGGAGGAGUGGAGACGGCAGCUUCCAGAGAGCCUGGGGGACGGACUGAGACAGGGACUGUCUCGCCUUGGAAUCAGCCUGUUAGGAGCCGUAGCCGGCAUCGUGGACCAACCCAUGCAGAACUUCCAGAAGAACUGGGAGACGCAGAGCUCAGCUGGGAGCAAAGCCAAGGGGGUGAUCUCUGGAGUGGGGAAAGGAAUUGUGGGUGUGUUCACCAAGCCCAUCGGAGGAGCAGCUGAACUGGUGUCACAAACUGGAUAUGGGAUCCUCCAUGGAGCGGGUCUGUGGCAGCUUCCUAAACAGCUCUACCUGCCUGCAGAAGAAAAGUCUGCUCUGGCCUCCAACAGCCACCUGAAAUAUGUCUGGAAGAUGCUGCAGUCUCUGGGGCGCCCGGAGCUCCACAUGGCCCUGGAGGUGACCAUAGUGAGCGGAUCGGGUCAGGAGCAUGCUGGCUGCCUGCUGCUCACCUCCGAGGUUCUGUUUGUGGUCAGCCUGUGUGAGGACACGCAGCAGCAGGCCUUCCCCAUCACAGAGGUGGAGUGUCAGCAGGAGCCAGAACAGCCGGGUCAACUCACACUCACCUUACAGCAGCAGACGCUGAGCAGCGACUCUGAGGGUGACGGCGUCCGGGAGCGUUUAUCAGAGCAGCAGUAUCAGCGGCUGGUGGAUUAUGUGAGCCGAGCCUCCCAGUUCGUCUCUCUGUCUGCCGCUGCUCUUCAGCUCCAGCCUCCAGUCACCCUUGCAGAACCCCCACCCUCUGUCACCAAGUGCUACCGCUACCUGGUGGAUCCUGCUUUUGCCAAGGUGUUUGUUAGUAAGUUCACUAUAGUGAAGAACAAAGCUCUACGCAUCGGAUUCCACUGAUAAAUCUGACUUAUGCGCCACAUUUAACGUUUGCCUUAAAACCCUUUCACUCUGUGCUUAAUUCCUAACAGUUACCAUGUGAACUAAUCCUUUUUUUAUGUAACUGGUCGCCUCAUGCCUUAGAGGUAAAGUUUUCUUACAGAAACGUGGAUUGGUAAAAAUCCUUCUGUUAAUGUAAGCUCUAAUGUUUGAGUGAGCAGGCAGAGUAGAGAAACACUACAGCAGAGUUUCAUCAAGUUAGUCUAAAAAAAACCUCAGUGUCAGAAGAAAUAUUCAAGCACUUUGAUGUUUCAUUCUUUCUGAAGCUGUUUGCAGUGCUUCAGGCUCUGUGUGUUGACAUUCUGUGAAUUAUCCCAUGCCAAUGUAAAGUGCAAUAUUUAUACAUGUUGAUGGACUCUAGAGAUACCAGCUGUUGACCAAAAGUUUUACAAUGAUGUAACAUGCUUGUUUAAAAAUAAAAACACUGUUAUUUGUACCUUGUGUUCAUGCCAAACCCUACUGAUGCAAACACGUUGCCUUUUUUAUGGUGUCACUGAGCUCUCCAUGAAAUGUAAUUGUUGAUCUGAAACUUAGAAACUUAAUAAAAAAAAUGUAAUUCA